CGGGCUGCUGGCGGGCACGCGCGCGGCGGGGGCGGGCUCAGCCGAGUGCGGAGCUGCAGCCUCGGAACCGGACGUGUCCGCGAAGAUGGCGGGCCGGAGUAUGCAAGCUGCGAGAUGCCCUACUGAUGAACUGUCUUUAAGUAACUGUGCGGUUGUGAAUGAGAAGGAUUACCAGUCUGGCCAGCAUGUGAUCGUGAGGACAUCUCCUAAUCACAAAUACAUAUUUACACUGAGGACUCACCCAUCGGUGGUUCCAGGAAGCAUUGCAUUCAGCCUGCCUCAGCGAAAAUGGGCUGGACUUUCUAUUGGGCAGGAAAUAGAAGUCGCCUUGUACUCGUUCGACAAAGCCAAGCAGUGCAUCGGCACAAUGACCAUCGAGAUCGACUUUCUGCAGAAAAAGAACAUCGACUCCAACCCCUACGACACAGACAAGAUGGCGGCAGAAUUUAUCCAGCAGUUCAACAACCAGGCCUUCUCCGUGGGGCAGCAGCUUGUCUUUAGCUUCAACGAUAAGCUCUUUGGAUUACUGGUGAAGGACAUUGAAGCCAUGGACCCUAGCAUCCUGAAGGGAGAGCCUGCGUCAGGUAAACGGCAGAAGAUUGAAGUAGGACUGGUUGUUGGAAACAGUCAAGUUGCAUUUGAAAAAGCAGAAAAUUCAUCGCUCAACCUUAUUGGCAAAGCUAAAACCAAGGAGAACCGCCAGUCCAUCAUCAAUCCCGACUGGAACUUUGAGAAAAUGGGGAUCGGCGGUCUGGACAAGGAGUUUUCAGAUAUCUUCCGACGCGCAUUUGCCUCUCGGGUGUUCCCUCCGGAGAUCGUGGAGCAGAUGGGUUGUAAACAUGUUAAAGGCAUCCUGUUGUAUGGACCCCCUGGUUGUGGUAAGACUCUCUUGGCUCGACAGAUUGGCAAGAUGCUGAAUGCAAGAGAACCCAAGGUGGUCAAUGGACCAGAAAUCCUUAACAAGUAUGUGGGAGAAUCAGAGGCCAACAUCCGUAAACUUUUUGCUGAUGCUGAAGAGGAGCAAAGGAGGCUUGGCGCUAACAGUGGCUUGCACAUCAUCAUCUUUGAUGAAAUCGAUGCCAUCUGCAAGCAGAGAGGAAGCAUGGCUGGCAGCACAGGAGUUCAUGACACCGUUGUCAACCAGCUGCUGUCCAAGAUCGAUGGUGUUGAGCAGCUGAACAACAUCCUGGUUAUUGGAAUGACCAAUAGACCAGAUUUAAUAGAUGAGGCUCUCCUUCGACCUGGAAGACUGGAAGUGAAAAUGGAGAUAGGCUUGCCCGACGAGAAGGGUCGACUACAGAUCCUUCAUAUCCACACAGCCAGGAUGAGAGGGCAUCAGUUACUGUCUGCAGACGUGGACAUUAAGGAACUGGCCGUGGAGACUAAGAACUUCAGUGGUGCUGAGCUGGAAGGUCUGGUGCGAGCAGCGCAGUCCACGGCCAUGAACAGACACAUAAAGGCCAGUACCAAAGUGGAGGUAGACAUGGAGAAAGCAGAGAGUCUGCAGGUGACGAGGGGAGACUUCCUGGCUUCUUUGGAGAACGACAUCAAACCAGCAUUUGGCACAAACCAAGAGGACUAUGCAAGUUACAUUAUGAAUGGAAUCAUCAAGUGGGGUGACCCCGUGACCCGUGUCCUGGAUGACGGAGAGCUGCUGGUCCAGCAAACUAAAAACAGUGACCGGACCCCAUUGGUUAGCGUCCUUCUGGAAGGCCCUCCGCACAGCGGAAAGACUGCCCUAGCUGCAAAGAUCGCGGAGGAAUCCAACUUCCCCUUCAUCAAGAUCUGCUCCCCGGAUAAGAUGAUUGGCUUCUCUGAGACGGCCAAGUGUCAGGCCAUGAAGAAGAUCUUUGAUGAUGCGUACAAAUCUCAACUCAGUUGUGUGGUUGUGGACGACAUUGAAAGACUGCUUGAUUAUGUACCCAUUGGCCCCCGGUUCUCUAACCUGGUGUUGCAAGCUCUUCUUGUGCUGCUGAAAAAGGCACCUCCUCAGGGCCGCAAGCUUCUCAUCAUCGGGACCACCAGCCGCAAAGAUGUCCUUCAGGAAAUGGAGAUGCUUAAUGCCUUCAGCACCACCAUCCACGUGCCCAACAUUGCCACAGGAGAGCAGCUGCUGGAAGCUUUGGAGCUUUUGGGCAACUUCAAAGAUAAGGAACGCACCACGAUUGCUCAGCAAGUCAAAGGGAAGAAGGUCUGGAUAGGAAUCAAGAAGUUACUAAUGUUGAUUGAGAUGUCCCUGCAGAUGGAUCCUGAGUACCGAGUGAGGAAGUUCUUGGCCCUCUUGAGAGAAGAAGGCGCGUAAGUAUACGCCGUGCUCAGGAGCACCCACUGUAGUAGCCCUCUGGACUUUGAUUGAAAACGGACUGUUUACAGCAGUGACCAAGGGAAGUGACCAAGGUAAAGAUGGCCUGGGAUCGUCACUCGUCGUACUCAAGACACCGGACUAAGUGACACAUUCACCACCCUCAACACACUUGCUCUGCAUGAUUAGUGCAGUGAACUCCCUCGUGCUUUUGAGAUAUCCUACUGUUUCCUGGAAGGUGUAAACUUGCUUUAGACCACUGUGCUCACCGCCCAUGCUAGCUAAGAUGAUUCCUGCUUACGUGGGAGGCACGCUGCACCUGUGCACGCUGCUCCCACCACGCCCACCCCUAGAAAACACUUGGUCUACCAGAAGGUAGGCUUCUACACGUGACCAAGAGCGAAGGUGGAAGUUCCGAGGGAUUCACUUAGUGCUCCUCCGUGCUAACAGCUGGGUAUCUGGUUAAGAGGUUCUUCCACAAAAUGGGUUAUUAUCUUUGUCUGAAGAAGCAGGCUUUGAAUGUCUAAGAUGCUGUUCUCAAUCAUUUUCAGAGAUAUUUCCAAGUUGCAAUCAGGAGAGCUUUCCUAAUCGGAAGUCCCAUCAUUCCUGUGGUGGCUGUGAUAUGCCCUGAGUAUAAUUAAUUUGUUCUGUGGUAAGAGAUAUGCUAAUCAUUACCACUUGGUAGAUGCUGUUAAAACCUUAUGAAAGAUACAUAUGGAAAGCUGUACAUCUCUAAACAGAAAAAAAAUAUUAAAAUAAUUUACAAGCCUCUCAGCUCUAAUUAGUGUCCCAACUGUAAGUGGGUCAGCUCCCUGGGAUGACGUCAGAGGCUUGUUAGUACCAUCCUCUUCCUUUUCCUCCGCCGAAUGGCUUAUAAUUUACUCUCCCUGCAUCUCAAGUGAUCUGUAAUGUCUAAAGCACAUAAAUAAAACACUAUUACCCAGCAAAACAA